UGGCAGUGGGGGGGAACUGACUUGGUGUCAUUGACAUCCCCAGUGACAUUAAUACAGUGAUCAGUGCUAAAAAAAAGCACUGACACUGUACUAAUGGCAUUGGGCAGGAAGGGGUUAACAUCUGGGGCGAUGAAGGGGUUAACAUCUGGGGCAAUCAAAAGGUUAACUGUUUGCUGUGUUACUGUUUCAGCAUGCUGCUUUGUAUUGCUCUGUUAUGCAGAACAAUACAAAGCAGCAUGCUGGUGCUGACAGGGUAGAGAUCUGUGUUUUUGCAUACAGACCUCUCCCCUAAAUGCAAAAUCA